AUGGGGAACUUCAAUGUUUUGAUAGAGGUAUUCAAUCUGCAGAAUUCAGGUCAAAUAGCACCAUUAGAUGAGAUUAUCCGACUGAAGGAGAAAUAUCGCUUCCGUGUUCUAUUAGAUGAAAGCAACUCAUUUGGUGUGCUUGGAAAAUCUGGAAGAGGUCUAACAGAACAUUGUGGAGUUCCGGUUGGGAAGAUAGAUAUCAUAACUGCUUCCAUGGGACAUGCAUUAGCCACAGAAGGAGGAUUCUGCACAGGAAAUGCAAGAGUCAUUGAUCACCAACGUCUGAGCAGUUCUGGUUAUGUCUUUUCUGCUUCCUUGCCCCCAUACCUAGCAAGUGCUGCUAUUACAGCUAUUGAUAUUAUAGAGGAAAAUCCUGAUGUUAUCACCAAACUCAAGAAAAAUAUUGCUAUGCUACGUAAAGGAUCUAUUAUGUAUACUGAAGAUGCUGCUUACCAAGUUAGGGUCCUGGAGCUGUCUAUUGAUAGUUACAACAUGGAUAAUACUUGUAGUGUUGUAUUGAAAGAAGAUUCGAUCUUUGUGGUGACUUCUAAAAGAUCGACACUUGAUAAAUGCCAUCUACCUGUGGGAAUCAGAUUGUUUGUUUCCGCUGGCCAUUCUGAAUCUGAUGUGCUCAAAGCAUCUGAGUCAUUAAAGAGAGCAGCCGCAGCAGUGUUGGCAGGCAACAAAUGA